AUUAACUGUGGACUGUACGUAAAGCCAUGAGGAUGGCAAAGUGAUGGUCUCCCUAUAUUAACGAACUGGGUAGAAGAGAGGAGAUACAUAGCUUUACUCUAGCUUGCUUUCGCUGUUUCCACUAAUCGUGAAUCAAUCUCCAACUCGUUCAAGAAAUGGCCGAGGCACUCGUCAACCUCCUUGUUGAACAAUUGGGUUCAGUUGUUUACCACCAUACAAGUGAAGGGGUGAAACUGGUUUUGAAAGCUAAGAAGGACGUUGACAAGUUCAGAAGCACCCUCAAACUUAUCCAGAAGGUGCUUCACGAUGCCGAGAAGAAGCAAGUGGAGGAUCCCGCUGUGAGAGACUGGUUGGAUCAGCUCAAAGACGUGUCGUACAAGAUGGAUGACGUGCUAGACACUUGGAACACUGAAAUUGGGAAACGAGAAGCUGAGAAACAAGAAACACAAGGUUCUGAUGUGGAGGUACGUUUCUCAUUUCGUUCCAAUUGCUUUUGUCUUGCCCGAUUGAAUGAGGUAACUCGUCGUUAUAAGAUUGGUAGUGCAAUAAAAGAUCUGAAUGAAGAGUUGACUCAGAUUGACGUUGACAAAAACAAGUUUAGCUUUCAAUCCACCAUGCUUCCUGUUAAUGUAGAACAACCUAAUCCACGGCCUAUAACUUCAUCUUUCGUCAAUGUAUCGACCAUAUUUGGGCGGGAAGUUGAAAAAGAGAGGUUGGUGAGUGAGUUGUUAGGGAAGGAGAGUCCCGGCCUUGUCAUCCCUAUUGUAGGGAUGGGAGGAUUGGGGAAAACAACUUUGACCCAACUAGUCUUUAAGGAUGCACGAGUUGAAGCCCAUUUUGAUAUCAAAGCAUGGGUUUGUGUCUCAGACCCUUUUGAUGUCAUCAAGAUUGCAAAAGAAAUCCUUGAACUUGUCAGUAGAGAAUCCCAAAAUAGUUCAAUUGGCUUGCAAAAGCUAUUAGAAGACAUUGAGAAACAUAUCAAGGACAAGAAGUUUCUCCUCGUUUUAGAUGAUGUGUGGACAGAAAACCAAACAGAGUGGGAGAGGUUGAGUUUACCAGAACUAAUGGAAACUUGUUCUAAAGGCAGCAGAAUUCUGGUGACCACUCGAAACCAGGGGGUUGCUCAAAUGAUGAGAGCAACCAGUGACAUGAUCACUUUGGGAAAGUUGAGUCAUUCAGAUUCUUUGAAACUAUUCAAUAGUAUUGCAUUUCUGGAUAGGAAACGAGAUGAGUCCAACAAGGUGUCUGGAGAUAUUGCUGAGAAAAUUGUUAGAAAAUGUGACGGUUUGCCUCUGGUUCUGAAGACUUUAGGUAGUCUCCUAUUGCAUAAGCUGACAAUUAGAGAAUGGGAAGAAGUUCUCAACAGUGAGAUAUGGAAGGUAAAAGUGGUUCAAGAAGAAGUUUUUCGACCAUUAUUACUCAGUUAUUAUGAUUUGGCUAUGGAGAUUAAGAGUUGCCUUCUGUAUUGUGCUACUUAUCCCAAAGAUUUUGAGUUCGACAAAGAAACUCUUAUCGAGCAGUGGAUGUCACAAGGCUAUCUGAAUGUUGGAGAAAACAAAGAAGAGGCAACACAAGGUAGAGAAGUUUUUACCAAGUUAGUAAUGCGAUGUUUCUUUCAAGAUUUCAAGCAAGAUGCACUUACCAAGGAAAUUAUAGGCUGCAAAAUGCAUGAUACUGUGCAUGAUUUUGUACAAUAUCUUACCCAGAAUGAGUGUCUUACUAUGGAGGCUACGGGUACCCAUGGAACAGGGACAUCGAGUGCAAAUGACAGGGUUCGCCAUUUGACCUUAAUGUCAGCACCCGAGGGUCCAUUUCCAUCUUUGAUAUCAAACUUAGCGAAUAGCAAAAUUUUGCGUACCCUGACAACUUUUGGUUCAAGAAUUACUGCCAUAGACUCGAAUUUGAUUUCACAGUUGAAAUGCCUGAGGACCUUGAAUUUGAGUUACAGCAACAUCCAGCAGUUGCCAGAGGAGAUUGGUGAUUUGACACAUUUGAGAUAUCUUGAUUUGUCUCAUAAUGGUACUUUGAGCAGAUUAACCGAAAGAGUGUGUAGCUUGUACAAUUUGCAAACUUUGAGGGUUAAUAGCUGCGGCAGGCUUGAAGAGUUGCCGGACAAUAUGGGGAAGUUGAUUAACUUGAAGCACCUUCAUGUUGAUCGUUGGCUGAAGUACUUACCAAAAGGGAUUAGGCGUAUAAGGAAUUUGCGAACACUAGACGGAGGCACUUCUGUUUAUUGUAGUGAAGAUGCCGAGGCAUUGACAUUCGGAGAUCUGAGAAUGAUGAAUCAGCUUCGCCGUCUUGACAUCCGUAUUUCAAGGGUUGGGGAAAAUGCUGGAGUAAUGAAUGCCCAGUGAGGCCGAGAAAGCAGAAUUGAAUCAAAAACUUCAUCUUUCUCAUUUAAAACUUAUUUAUCCGGAGGAGGACAGCGACAACGACGUAAAUGCUGGAGUAAUGAAUGCCUUGCGACCGCAUGAAAAUUUGGACUCUUUGGUAAUUUGGUGGUAUGAUGGCCCCACCUGGCCCAUUUGGAUGACGACGUCGUAUUUAAGCAGAUUGACAGUCUUUCAUCUUCGUCGCAGCGACUCCUCUGUUUUGCCUCCUCUCGGGAAACUGCCGUCCCUUAAAGUAGUAAAGCUAUUGGACAUGUCUCGUCUGAAAGAGAUCGGAGCUGAAUUUUUCGGAGCUGAAGAAGAAACAUCAUCAUCAUCCUUCCCCAGUUUGGAAACACUCUUUCUUGGCUGCUUGCUGAGUUUAGAAAAGUGGGAAUUAGGUGGAAAGGCAGAAGAGGGUUCUUCUAAUUCCCAAAUGAAAUCAAUUUCAAUAAUGCCACGCCUUUCUUCCUUGCAUAUUCUGAAUUGUCCUAAACUAAAACAACUGCCAGACUUCCUGCAAAAUGCACCACUGCAGAAUCUUCUCAUCCGUCGUUGUAAGAGCCUUCCUGCCAGCCUUCCUGACGAGUUCAUCUCUCGCAUCCCAAACGUCACAAUUGAACAUUCGGGAGUUGAUCCCCUUUUCAAAGGAAGAGAAAUAGAUACUGCAGGGUAUUAAUUUGCGGAAGCCAAACUAUUCUGGUAAUCGCUAUCCCCGACGUACUGACGUUACUUAUAGUCGACCAAGUUAAAGAUUUCAAGCACCCUAUCGCAGGCUGUUCAAACCUGCCUCAAGUUUGCAGUGGCUAGAUUGCCCAAGACAUGAUGACACUUAGGUAGCUUUAAGCAUGACCGACUCAUAAUCACAAUGAACCUUGAAGUUGUCCAACUGAUCGAUGGGGUUCUGCAAAUGGAGCAAAGGUAGCAGAGAAACUAAGGAGGAUUGCUGUGCAUUGAGGCAUCCAUUUGACUGAUUGAUGUGCUUUUCAUGAUUCUGUCUAAAUUAUAGGUCCAUCUAUAAUAUCACAGGUUCCUUCUGUUAUGGUCAGGACUGUCCCUUGAAUGAGGAUAUGAACACAACGGCACCUCCAUAUCAAGAGGUUAAAAGUAUCACAGCAAUUGAGCAUUAUCAAGGGUCUUGGUUUUUAAGGCAGUGACAGAAGCCAAGAGCAUACUCCACAUUGAAGAUCUUACUAGUUGCUUAUGAUACUUUUAUUGCCUCUUCCAAUAGUUCGGGCUCAGCAUUCAACUCCUGCUCAAGGGCAUUUGAAUUCACACUUCUGGUUUCUUUCUUCACUUACAAAAAAUAGUGUAGAUUCUAAAGUUUGCAGUUGCUGGAGUUCUCAAGACAUGAUGACACUCUGGUAUUCCUUCUAGAAAAAAAAUCACCAAAAAGCAGAAGAACAGCAUGACAUGGGCUUUGUCAGCAGUGGAACACUAAGGUGAGACCUCAAAGUAGCAGUGGAGCAGCAUAACAUGAUACUUGGGUAGUCCUUAUCGCAUGCAAAACUUUGAAAUGUAGAAGCAUGGAGACUCCAAAACCGCAUCGGAGUUGUCAAGCUGGUGAUUAAUCAUUAAUGAGAUGAGGAGUAUUUUCGAAGCUUUCCUUUGCAGAUAUUGGCGUGACUUGGCUCUUAACUAGACGUGGUAGUAAUUUGGCAUCUGUAUCUGAAGCAUUUCUAUAUAUGUAGCAGUUGAAGCUUGAAUUUGCACUUGGUAGUUCUUGUAUUCUAAUGUUUCAAAAUUCAGUAUCUAAUUUACAUUGCAUUUGAUUUUCUUGCCUUAGUAGCGGAAGCUUUUUGUUCCAUGAAAAAGAUGGAAGUGCAGAAUGACCCAUAUCUCAUUCGGUCUACUAAAUUUGGCCCUGCCUUGACAGAGAAUCAAAUUUAGCAUAACUGGAGAAGCAGCAUAUAUAUCAUAGUGGUAACAAAUUUGCUUUAAAUUGAACAACAUGGAGUUUCACUUUUCCCCCCUCUUUAGUAAGAAUAGAGAUGCUGGUUGCUUAACUAGAGAAAAUGAAUUCUAUGCAGGACCUGUCUGAAGCAGUGGUGCAGUAGCAAGUAGCAAGGAAAACAGUUUAUGAUUGUCAUCCAUUUGAACAGUGGAUGAGGCUUACCUAAAGUAGUUUAUAGCAUGGAAGAGAGGGCAAAGUGGAUGUGACCCAAACUGAUCUCAUUCAAAUUCACCAAAAGGACAAACGAGGUAGGGGAUGUUCAAUGAGACUUGCGGCUCAAAAAAGCUUGGACAUGGUGGAAACUGACUUGGAAAUUCUGUUGGAGUCCAGUGGAAUCAAAUUCUAGAAAAAAGGAAUCACAAAAAAGCGGAAGAACAGCAUGACACGGACUUCGUCAGCAGUGGAAGCUGAAGUCCAAAAGGCAGAAAGGGGUCAGACCUCAAAGUAGCAGUGGAGUAGCAUAACAUGACACUCAGGAAAUGUAGAAGCAUGGAGACUCCAAAACCGCAUCGGAGUUGUCAAGCUGCUGAUUAAUCAUUAAUGAGAUGAGAUGGGAUUUAGUGGCGUGAAAGAGAGGGACGAGUCUAUAUGACCAAAAGUCUCAAUAAAUUCGCUUCCACGUUCUGCCAAUUAAGUCCAAAGGCCUUAUGAGAAAAUAUUGCAAAGUCAUGCUCAUGCUCACCCCUCAAAGUUGCAGUGGCUGGUUUCCUCAAAACAUGAUGACUCUCCCAUACUCCUCAUGCUUUGCAAUAUGUCGCAUUUCGUAUACAAUAUAUCUCCUAUACACAUAUACCUUAUGUAUCUGGUGUAUACAAAAUAUCAAACCAAGUUUAUGAGCAGGCCAGGCUGAUGCAGAAAGGAAUUGAAUUGGUGCUGGCAAGCUGAUUAGUGCUAUGGUAAGUGCUAUGCCGAUUUCUAAUUCUUUGAAUUACAAAACAUAGAUUUAAUUGCAUCUUGGAUCUUGAUUGACUGAUUUUGAGCUGCAUUUUGGAAUCUAUUCGACUGACCAAUGUAGGCGCUAUUAGAUUUACCUGGGUGUUCAAACCCACCUCAAGUUUUCAGUUGCUGGAUAUAUCCCAAGACAUGGUGAACCUCAGGCUAAACUGAAGCAUAACUGACUCAGAAUAGUUGUCCAGUUGGCAGCUGAUUCAUGAGGUUCUACAAAUGGAGCAAAGGAGGAUUGUCAAGCAGUGAUACACCAUUUCGGAAAUUGUCUUGCAUCGUUGCAUCCAUUUGACUAUUGAUGUGCUUUUCACAAUUCUGCCAGAAGUAUAGGACUUGUCUGAAGAAGUGACGCACUAGCAAGGGAGAACUGUCUAGUAUUCUUUCAUCCAUUUGAUCAGUGGAUGAGGAUUACCUAAACUAGCUUGGAAGAGGGGAAGAGUGGAUGUGACCCAAACCGAGCUGAUUCAAAUUCAACCAAAGGACAAAUGAUGUAGGGGAUGUUCAAUGAGGGUUGCAGCUCAAAAUAGCUUGGACAUGGUGAAAUCCUGAUUGAAGUGGAAUCCUGUUGAAUCUAGUGGAACUAAAUUCAGGAGAAGAUUCACAACUGAGAGGAACAGCAUGUCACGGGCUUAGUCAAGCUAAAGUCCCAAAGGCUGCAAGGUUUUAAUUUCUUCUUUCUCAAGGAGAGGGGACUUGUUCUAGUAGUACUAGGAUUGUGAAAAUCUAUAUUUAGGAAGAGAUGCUUCCCUAAGAGAUUUUUCUUUGAGAGGAAUGCUUGUGAGGUUUUUCUUGGGUGUAACUGGGGCUCUCUAUUGAGAGGGGUUGAGAGGAGUGAGAUUACCUAGAGUGGUUUAUGAUUGUAACCUUCUUUAUUAGUUGAUUCAUCAUCAUCAUGGUGGCCCGAGGAUGUAGGCAAUUUGGCCGAACCUCGUUAAAUUAUUGUGUUAUUGUCAUGUGUUGUUUUUGCUUGCA